AAAACAAACAACAUUUAUGUAAAUUAUGGAAAGUCGAAGAACAAGAAGAAUCCCGAGUCUGUCGAAACAGCGGAGGGCAACUGUGUAUUUUCCGACAAAACCUCUUCCUUCGGCCCAAAGCCUUCUGAAGUUGACGGGUUUGUGGGUUCUAUCACCACUCUUCUUGUCACAGUUAUUUUCUUGGUAUGGGCAUAUGUUCCAGAAUCAUGGCUACAAUUUUUUGACAUCUCUUACUAUCCUUGCAGUAGCAGCAGGUCAAUUAGCCUAGUAAACUGCUUAAUGCUUGGCAGGGUAGCUAGCCUCCAUGGCAAUGCCACAAGCACCAUCUUUAUCCUUAGUACCACGCUUCAUCCUAAUAUUGCCAGAUGCACCCCAUUCUUCACAGACGAAUUCAGUAGGGAUCCUUUGAGUCUUGAGUUUUCUCUAGAAGAUGAGAAACCCAUCAAACCCAUAUCGGAUAUUGGUAUAGACAGAAUCAAUGAUAUUAUGUUCAAUAACGCAGCCUGACGAUCAUACAUGUCUCCAAUGUUAUGGCGGGAACAGCUGCCAAACAAAUGCUGCUAGUUUGGGUUGUUGCAUGAGAAGGUUAUAGGUAUCAGACGGGUAAUGUGAAAUUGAUUAAAAGCCUUUUGGGUUUAGUGUCACUCUUAAGUCAACGUGCAUCAACUUGAAGUAAGGAAUACUUGUUUUUGAAUCAUUGAAGUAUUUUGGACGUAGAUUUGUUGAAAAAUGUGGAUCCUAAACUCAAAUCCAAACAUGCACUAAGUUGAUCUCCUCGGAGAAAAAUUUGAUUCUAUCUAACUGUAGAAUUUUUUUUUCA